AUGGUUAUCUCCAGUAGCCAAUGGAGUGAGUCGACCCCUGACCCUCUGCUCUUCCCAGCCACUCAGGUCAGCCCCUCGGAGCUACAAGAUGUCUUCCAGGAAACCUCCUCCAACAUUUUCCAGAUCAACGGCAAUGUGGUGACGCUGGAGAGGAGUCUUCCUGCUCUGGGAACCUCCAAAGACAACGCUGAGCUGAGGCAGAGUCUACACUCCACACAGCAGCUGACUAACAAAGUGAUCACCAGCACCAGCCAGCUCAUCAAACAGCUCUCUGACAUCAUCAGCUCUUCUUCACGGCAAGACCGUCUGCGCUUAACCAGACUGAAGACGGAACUCUCCGAGGCAGUUCAGCGCUACGGCGACCUGCAGAAGAAAAUUGCUGAGCGUUCGAGGGCCCUGCUUCCCCCGGCGCAGAGAGUGAAGAAGCAGAGUCCCCAGACACCGUUUGCUGAGCUGUGCGAUGAGGGGCCUCUGUUUGACGGGGGCGAGGAGGUGUCAGGUCCUCCGCUGGAGGACCAGGAACAGCUCUUCCUGUCCGAGAUCAGCGAAGAAGACGUGGAGGUCCUCCGACAGAGAGAAGAAGCCCUGCUCCAGAUCGAGAGGGACAUGUUGGACAUAAGCCAAAUCAUGAAGGAUCUCGCCAGCAUGGUCCACGAGCAGGGAGACACCAUCGAUAGUAUCGAGGACUACAUACAGACCACCACGUCCAAUGUGGAGACAGCCAAUCAGGAGCUAGCGAAGGCCAGUCAUCACCAGAGACAGCUACGGAAGAGGAAAUGCUACAUGCUGGCGGCUGGAGUCUUCCUCCUCACCCUCCUCGUCGUCAUCAUCGCCGUGUCUGCCAGGAAGUGACACGCGACGGUAACCGCUGUCGUCCGGGGCAACCUCUGUGCCUGGGGCUCACCUGGAGCAUCACCUGAGCAGCUGUCUCCCCCGGCAACAACCUGCCCCGCUGUCUCCCCGGCAACAACCUGGCCCACACACCUGCAGCUCCUCUUCAUCACCAUGCACAACAUGUUCAUCAGCUGGCCCAGCAAAAUGUUCCUAUGUCCACGAUUGUGAAUGUGAUUGGCUGAGUUUGGCUGGUGUGUGUUUUUGUGUGGUUUGUGGGCAUUUGGUGUGUGUGUGUGUGUGUGUUCAGGGCAGGAAGCAGGAUGCCCGUGGUUCAGCCAAUCCUGAGUCCAGAACGAGGAGCUUUUCGCUGGGACAGCUUUCCUGUCUCUCCUGUAAGGUUACCUUUCCUGUCCUGGUACCUCUGUAUGUUUUUAUAAAUCAGACUGUCCAGGAUCUGCUGUUAGUGUAUCUAUGAUCUGUUACUUUCCCUCAAUAUUGAUGUACUUUCUGUGGAUAUA